AAAUACGCAAAAGCUUCUAUUUCAUAAGUUGUAAGCAAGAAGAAAGCAAGCGGGUUAAAUUUUCCUUCGUUUAUAAAAUAAAAGAAGCGUUCACAACAGACUAUCAGGUAAAAUUCUCACUUAUAUUUUUGUUACAAACUUUAAAUUCAGUGGUUCUCAUUUCGGAAAUAAUAUUUUGUAAUUUUGACACGUUUUUAGCGUGUGUAGGAAUUAAUAUUUUUAUUUGUGGCUUGCUGUCUGCUAACCAAUAUUUUACUGGUGGAAAAACCCAGCAAAAUACUUGUGUAAGUUGUGUUGUAUGUUAUUUGGAGUAAAUACAACGAAAUAUAUGGCGAAAGUCAACUUGAAAAUGCCAUAGCAGCCCAAUAUAUUAAAGUAUAUAUAAACCCAAAUAUUUAGGGAUCGUUUCAUCAGUACUUUCGUUACAUACAUCUGCUUGCAUUAGGGAACAUCGUUGCUUAAUGGUUUAGCUGAGAUCAUAGUUGUAUAAAGCCUGAAAUGAAAGCUGGAACUCUUGCUUGCGUUUGCCAACUCUCAUCGACUCUCAUGCAUGAACUGGUUCAAAUUUUGAUAAAGGUGGAGUUACAUGAGCAACAAAAUUGCUGCAACUUGCAACAAAAUCUGAUUUCAACGCACGUUAAUUGAAAAUGUUUACACAUAAAUUACAAAUCACAAGGCAACAUGUGUCGACAUUUCUACUUAACAUGCGUUGAAAUCAGAUUUUGUUGCAAGUUGCAGCAAUUUUGUUGCUUGUGUAACUCCAGCUUAAGAGUUUGAUGAGAGUUUUUGCCUUGCGAGCACCAACUCUCAUGCAACUCUUGUUCUCGCUUGGCUGUGGCGUGAGAGUUGCGAAAACCUUCAUGCAAACUCUCGCUUCUCAACUCUCAUCCUUGUUUGACCAGGGCUUAAAAAUAUCAGGUCUGUAAAUAUACAAGGCCUAAAAAUAUACUUGUAAGCAAGGCCUCGUUAGAAAUGUGUAGUGGAGUACAACUUGCAUACCCAAAUGUUUGGUAUAUAUGCAAGCUUGUGUAUAUUAUAGAAUCUUUUAAAAUGAUGGAAUGCAUUUUUUCUUGUCAGGAUGGACGCACCCAAGUCAGUGUCGAGACCGAAACGCUGGAGUGCCGAGGUAGAGGAUGCUUACAGAUUUCAGUUGGCUGGAUAUAGAGAUGAAACAGAAUAUACACAUGUACAGAAAGUUGAGGAAGUAUGUGAAAACUAAUAAUUUCUUUGUUUUGCUUGUACUAUUAAUAGUGCAGAGACUGACCCUGGUGCAGAAUAAACAAAUACAUUUACCGAAGUUCGAAUUCAUGUUGGCACCUUCAAUGUUUGCAUAACCAGCAUGAGAGGUUGUUCACAAUUCCCAUUUUGGCUUAAACAUUCAGGGGGUGAGUGCUUCUUGUAAGCACAUUGGCUAGGAACAUGAUGAUGACAUUGUGAGUGCUUUUGUGAUUGCAAAUGCAUGGUGUGGUGGUGGUUACAGGUUUUUGGCUGACACGGACCUCUGUAUUUGGUUACUCUGUAACCCAAGGAUUUGCCGGUUGUAGAAAGAACAUGGGGGUCGUCAUGCAUGCUGCAGGAAGAGAAUCCUGGUCACAGGGUUAGUGCUCAGUCUAGCUUUGAACAAGAGGCCCCAGAAAAGAAAAUGGCUAUUCUUCCAGACAAGAUUUCUGAAGAAAGAUUUCCAAGUCUAUAAACAAGCUGUUGGCUGUUUUUGCUUUGAAUUUUAGGUUAACCUAGGACUAAGUUAACCAGUAGUUUUCGAAAAACCAACUCCUUCACUCAUGUUGCAACACUAGGCAACCAAACUGACAAAAUGACCAUUACCUCCCCAGGCCCCAACUUUCUAACUAAUGACCACACCCUAAUUCUUCGUUUCCAGGUUGACAGAUGGCCUCCAAAUGGCUACGUGAAAAAGCUGAAAAGACGUGAUGGCAGUUUCUAUUACUUUAACAGAGGACGCGAAUGCAGCGACAGCGAUGUCCACAGAACGAAGAUUUACGCAUAUUAAAGAAAAAAACCGUGUCUAUGAGUUCAUGUUCACUAAAAAUAUAUAGACUUUAAAAACAUGAAUAUGCCUUAUAAACUUAUAAAUACUUUUGUACAGGUUAUAAUAAAUGUAGCGAUUCUGUAUAUGUUUAUGCAAGUUUUAUAUAUUGUGCUAAAAUAUGUAUAUUAAUAUUUGUGUAGGGCGGG